AAUCUGAAAUGCUGAUGUCAUGGACGCCCUGCCAAUGCCAGAUUCCCACGUCACCGAGACAUCCUUGAAGCUUGAAAAGGUAUGAUGCCGGGAGGGAUGGCUUCAUCGACCUGAUGGAGCUGAAACUGAUGAUGGAGAAGCUGGGGGCCCCUCAGACCCACCUGGGCCUGAAGAGCAUGAUCAAGGAGGUGGACGAGGACUUCGAUGGCAAACUCAGCUUCCGGGAGUUCCUGCUCAUUUUCCACAAGGCCGCAGCUGGGGAACUGCAGGAGGACAGUGGGCUGAUGGCGCUGGCAAAACUCUCAGAGAUUGAUGUUGCCCUGGAGGGUGUCAAAGGUGCCAAGGACUUCUUUGAAGCCAAGGUCCAAGCCUUGUCAUCUGCCAGUAAGUUUGAAGCGGAGUUAAAAGCUGAGCAAGAUGAGCGGAAGCGGGAGGAAGAGGAGAGGAGGGUCCGCCAGGCAGCCUUCCAGGAACUCAAGGCCACCUUCAGUACAUAGUCGGGCCAACCUAGCCCUCCAUCCACAGCUGUGCCUCACAGAUGCCCCGAGGAGAGAUGGCCGGGCAUCUUCAUCACCCCUACCGGCCCCCUCCCCGAGCCAGCAUCCACACCCACCAUCCAUGCCAGCUCCCAUGCCAGUCCUCACUCCCCCUGUGUCCAAGUGUCCAAGUCCCUCUGAGAGGCUCCUGGGAUGAGCCAGGUGCCUGUUCACUUUUCUCUCCAGCCUCUGCUUUUCUGCCCUUCCCUAUAGCCAGAACUUGACUCUUCUUGGCAAUCUUCACUUUGUCCUUGUCUCUUUGCCAUUCUACAACAGAGAAAAAUCUGCUGUGUUAAUUUGUACAGAUAUGUCUGUCUCUGGGUCCUCAGAAGAAAUGUUCAGUUUCUUGGGGAAUCCUCUGUACUCCUCCUUUCUGUCUCCUGACCAACUGCCCUGUUCUCAUCCUUAGAGUCUGCCAGCUCUUUUUGCAUCUUCUGUCCUUGGGUGAUGGUGGAUUUUUUAGGAAGGCUAGGGUGGACUACUGCCUGUUCCCUCUCCGACAGGGGAGAGCAGCAUGCAGCCGAAGCGACACAUAUUAGAGCACAGAGUUCUGCUCCUUCCUGUCACCUUCUUCUGGGCUCUUAGCAUUCCCCCUAGGUCUACCCUCUUCGUGCUACUUAACUGUAAGAAUGACAGAAUAAUUAGAAUACUAAUGAGUAGAUGGAUUCCUGUUCAUUCUGACUCCAUGCAAAUUAUAUCACAGUGGGCCCCUGACAUUUCCAAGUGAUAACUCUGGGACCUUUCAAAAUCCUGAAAGUCAUGGCCAUCCUCAUCAUCUAGCCAGUUUCCAAGAUCUGCUCCAAGGUGUUGAGGUGAAGAGGUUCUUAACUCCAGUACAGGUUUUUAUAUCAUGUGAGUUCUUGGGAUUACUCAUUAAUACCAGCAGUUUGUUGUAUUUUUAAAAAAUAUUUCCUACUGUCAUAUUUAUUACUUUUGUAACUGCUGUCCUUACAAUAAAGAAGACAUCUGCCUUUCUACCUUACAGCUGUUCCUUUUUAAAUAAACUGUGCAAAUGAACUUGGCCAUCAUA